AUGCUUUCCUCAAUUGAGAAUUUAUUCCAGAUAGAUGAGUUGGUACGGGCUAUUGAGGAGGAAAGAGAUAUAAUAGCUGAGCAGUUACAGGAAUGCACAAAUGUGCAGGACGAUUUACUGAGUGAUUUUGGUACUUUGAAUGAGAAACUAGCCAGUAUUGCCCAGGAAAUAAGUAGUGUAAGCUCAUUAGAUGAUGUGGAACGAUUGAAAUCGACUUACGGUAAUUUGACGAUUCUAUCACAGAUUGAAUUCACACUCAAGUCCAAGAGGGAACUGGAAGAACAAUUGGAAAAUGCUGAACAGAUUGAAAGUCUCUUAAGACAGUUAAAUGGGUUAGAGACAACAGAAUAUAAGCAGCUUAAGGAUAUGCAUGACAAAAUAUUAACCUUGGUAGAGUCAGAUAUUUCAAUGAAAGUUAUCAAUAGGUUUAAUGAAAUUGUCACAUCUCAUGCCUUGGAAUUGAGUAAAAAGUUUGAGAAAGAUUUACUAGAAGCUCGGUGUGACACCCCUCAGUUUGUUUAUUCAGAAAGAGUUAUUAGGGAUUUACGUGAACAGUCAAGUUAUUUAUUUAAACUCUCUCAACUCAUUCUCCCUGAACCAAAAUCGGAGCAGUAUUGGAAUUUUGUUUGCUUAGCUAACAAUUUUAAAAUUAAGUUCAUUUAUCAUUUUACAAAUCCCUCUUCAGAAUCAGAGAAGCAAUCAAUAGAAAAUUACUUUAAGUUUCUUGACAAAUAUUUGGAUGAAAACCUCUUCAAGUAUAUUGAAUAUUUCCAUGAUGAGGAGGUGACCAAAUCCGUAAUUCACAAAAAAUUCGUUGAUCACAUCCUUGAUCCUGUCCGUGAGAAAAUACAGGCUACAUUAACUAAGAUUUCCACUUCUAAUUCACCAGCGGAUAUUAAAACAUUAGUGAUUUUAAUUUCUCAAAUAUUCAUAACUGACAAUGCUUUACUAAAAAAUCAUUUAUAUGAUGGUGUUGGUUUAGUAUCGUUAAUCCCUCUUGAGGCAUUGAAAGUUUGGCAGAAUUUCGAAGUUGAAUCUGCGACGUCUCAAUUCGAAAAAAUCACUUCUAAUAAAUCAUUAUCAACCAAAAGUAGUGUUGACUUUUCAAAGUUAUUGGAAAACAUGUAUAAGUAUUUGGAACCUUUUUUCAAUAUUGAUUAUCAUGUAUUGUUCCCCAUAAAAUUCCAAUUGGCUGAUCAAAUAUUCAUACAACUACCCAUAAAAUACAGGGCAUUCUUACUUUCUAAAGAUGUGGGCAUGAACUCAUUAUCACAAGAACAACAGUUAGAAAAUACAUUUCUGAGGUUGCACAAUCUGCUGCUUCUAUACAAUACAUUAGCACUGUUCUGCCAUAAGGUCACGUUCAUUGAAAUGAAAAACACAAUAAACCGGACAACUAAUUCCAACUAUGAUAGCAUCUUUGAUGAAGUUUUAGGAAAUUAUGAUGACGCUUUGGUUAUACUUCGGGACUCUAUAGUCCAUAGGUGGGUGAAGAAAUUAAGCAAUGCCCUACGUAAUUACUUUAAAUUUAAUGAAUGGCACAAAAUUUCAGCUGAACCAGAACAAUGCAGUCCUGAUUUGGUGGAGGCCUUGAGUUUGAUGAAGAAAAUCACAAGGAUGCUGGAAGAGUAUUCAUACCCCGUUAAUAUUUUGGACGAGAUAAAAGUUACAAUGUUGGAAAAUAUAAUCAAUUUCUACUUGAACUAUAUUGUUAAGCUGAAUAAAUUCAGUGAAAAAGGUUUAGAUCAAUUGCAGUUUGAUUUUGAAUCAAUAAGGGAAACAUUAAAUCUUUCUUAUGACAGAUAUUUAAUCUCAGAGGAGGCGUCUUUACUGGAGUAUUUCAAAAUAUUAGAAUUAAAGUUCUCUGCUGAUCCCAUACAUUCCGAAUUUUUAAAAAAGGGUUACAUCUCCAAGAAGCAAUCUGAUGAUUUCCAGGAUUUAAGAUCCUUGUUGGAUAUUAGGCACUUAGACGCUAAUGAAAUAGCAGAUGCUCUAUAUAGAUCUAUAUAA